AUGGCCAAGGAGAAGGACGACACCGUCAAGGAACAGACAGAGAAGACGAAGGAGGGUCUGAAGAAGCAGGGCAUGGAUCCCAAGACGGCUAACAAAGUGCUGAAGGCAUGGCGCGAGGCGGUGGGCAAGGACAUUGAGCCGGGUGACCUUCGCAAGCUGCUCACCCAGCAAGCAGGAAAGGCCUCCUUGUUUGUGGUCUUCCAGAUCCUGCUAGACCUGGCCGCCGCCUACGGCUCCUUUGUGGCGGGCAGCUACCUGUCGGCCGCCGCCAGCCCCGGCGGGAUCGCAGGCUUCUUCACCUUCCUGCUGCAGGCCGGCGCCUUCUUCGUAACCGGGUACUACCUGUCAGGUGCUGUUUUUGAUGCCUUCAAGCUGGGUGUUCUGCUGUACAGCUCCCUCCAGUUCCAGACAAAUUCUGCCGCGUACCUGGCAGCCCUGCAAGAGAUUGCGGGGGAUCAGUCCACUGGGCUGGCCACGGUGGACAAGGCUCGCGAGGCGGUGAACAGUGUCAAGGUCCUGGGCGCGCUGAAGGAGAUCCAGGGCCUCCUCAAGCCAGGGCGCCUCGAAGACCUCCGAUCUCCUGGCGGAGCUAGCGCCUACAUCACCCUGGACCGGGCGUCCAAGUACGGCUUUGACGCCAAGAAGUACGGAAUCAGCGAGGAGGAGCUGUCGCGAGUGGCCUCGGUCUUCGCGCGCUACGACACCAACGAUGAUGGCGUGCUUAGCGUGGAUGAGUUCCGGGGACUCUGCUCCCGGUACGGCAGCACCCUGUCCCAAGAGGAGGUCAAGGCGGCCCUGGACCUGCUUGACACCAACAAGGACGGUCGCAUCCAGUUCGGGGAGUUUGUGGACUGGUGGGUUGAGAAGUCGGGGGUGGAGACCAAGGCAGCUGCGGCCUAG